AUGGCUCUUGAGCGCACGCUUUCCAUCAUCAAGCCCGACGCCACCAAGCGUAACCUGACCGGCAAGAUCAAUGCCGUGUUCGAAGACGCCGGCCUGCGUAUCGUCGCCCAGAAGCGCAUCCACCUGACCGAGAAGCAGGCUGGCGCUUUCUACGCAGUUCACAAGGAGCGUCCGUUCUACGGCAGCCUCGUGUCCUCCAUGAUUGCCGAGCCGGUUGUCGUGCAGGUUCUGCAGGGUGAAGGCGCUGUCGCCAAGAACCGCGAAGUCAUGGGCGCCACCAACCCGGCCGAUGCUGCUGAAGGCACCGUUCGCAAGCUGUUCGCCGAGAGCAUCGAAGCCAACUCCGUGCACGGCUCCGACAGCCUUGAGAACGCGAAGAACGAAAUCUCCUUCUUCUUCGCCGAGACGGAAAUCCUGCCGUAA